UCCGAUUUCAAUUAUGGGAGGAGUAAUAUAUUCAAAUUUCCCCAUGUGGCGACGGUGAUUUCCUGCUGUUGAAGAGAGAGAGCACGAUUGAAGCUCGGAUAAGCCAUGGAAACUCUUUCUAUGGUUACAUGCUUUACCAGCAAGAAAACUCCAUCUUCUACCAGAUUCGUAUCUCGCAGAGCUACUCCAUUACCCCAUUUUCAGAAAUCAAAGCUCCAUUUGCCACUCCUGCGAACAAGAAUUCGCGCAGUUUCUUGUUUUUCAGCAAGUGAAAUUACCGAUGAGGAUGUUCUACAAGCAUUCAUCAAGGAACGAAAACUAAAUGGGGAUUUUAUAUCAAAAACUUCUGAUAUGCUUUGGCAGAAUGAGGUCUUGAAGUUUGAAGAUGUCAGUGAUGUCAGCGUUGCAGAUGUUUCUCAAGAAGUGCUGGUUGCUGAAAAUGAUGAUGAUGGUGGUUUUUUGAAAUUGUCCGCUACUCAAUCAUGGGUCUCAGGUGGCAACUCUGCACCAAUCAAUAAAAAAGCUGGUGAUAAGACAUUACUCGAUGACCGUGAAAGGAGGAGGAAACUUAACUUUCUCAAAUAUGAAGCCCUCAAGAGGGAACUAAUGCUUUUGUCUGUUGGCAUUGGAACUGCAUGCAGUGGGUAUUGCCUGAUUGUAUUCUCGUUCCAGGCUGCCAUUAGUUAUGCAAUAGGAGUUCUAUUGAGCUGCUUAUACCUCCAGCUCUUAUAUCAACAUGCUGACAAACUAUCUAAAGACAUGGUUCCAGAUAUCUUCACUCGGAAAAAGACAAAGAAAAUUGGAAUAAGAAGUGAGGAUAUCAAUAACUUUUUUGAGAAAUCAGUGAAGGGAAGCGUCAUUGCUCUUUCAUCGCCAAGGCUUGUGAUUCCUGCCGCAAUAUAUGCAUUGUGGAUCCUCUCUCAUAAAUAUCUAGCCAACGACUUCUUCGACUUCCAGCUCACGCCAGCCAUGCUUGGGAUGUUCGUCUAUAAAGCAGCUGCACUUGUUCAAGUUUACAGGGAUAACGAAAAUCUGGGAUUGGUUUUUCCAGAAAAUUGAGACUCGGCAUGACUUCACCGUGCUUUUUCACAUUAGUUGUAAAAGUAAAUGACCGACCUGCCCACUUUAUCUUUGAAGCAACUGUUGGUUGUGUCUAAAAAGUCUGGAGUUUUAUGCAGUGCAGGUCAGAUCAUCAACUCACUGUCCUACACUACACAAUACCUGCCAUGGAGAUAUUCAGUAAUUCAAACAAGAACCAUUGAGAAUAAGUACGAUGCCAUUUCACGUUCUCAAAGCUCAAAUGUUGGUUGCUUGGUCAAGAGAUGAUGGCCUCACUAUUUGUUUGAAUACUUGGGUCGGUAAGGCUUUAUCAAAGUCGAGGAAAGAGCAUAUGUCUUUACCACUGAGCUAUGCUAGUAUUGUUUGUUGAUCAAGAUUUCUACGGAGGCUCUUGAUAUGCCCAUUUUUAAUGAUAAACCCACAUUUUAAUGUCCCAGAUUGUUUUGACAUAUUAUCUUAUUUGGAAGGAUUUGAUUGAAACAAAUCAAUAUUAACGAUAAAGUUGAAGAUUGACA